AGGACGCAAAAGUAGAACCCCCGGUGAAUUUGAGUUAGAAUUUUAAAUGCCUCUUCCCUAAAAUUCUUGCAAAUUAACAUGCAAAGUGGAAGUGUCUAUUUUAUUGUCUUUUUAUGCGUGUUAUCAGUGUCAUUUUCGCAAUGUCGCCAAAGCAGAAGUUCAGGGAGAAUGUUUGAGUGCAAAGCCGCCGUGGAAGUUUGUCCGAAUGAUGAUAUCACAUUUUGGCUUUACACGAGGACAACUCAGGAAAAUCCAACCCGAUUAAAUCUCGAUAAUCCUGACACAGUAAAUUCUUCUCUUUUUGUUGAGAGUGCCCCAGUGGUAAUCUUGAUCCACGGAUACACUGGUGAUCAUGAUUACUCCCCCAACAGCGACAUCCGCCCUGCCCUCUUCAACUAUUCUGAAUACAAUGUUAUUUCCGUCGACUAUGGCCCUAUUGCGGAGUCUCCAUGCUACUUGUCGUCUGUUAGGAAUUUAAAGGUCGUUGCGAAUUGCACGGCUCAGCUGAUUGAUCACAUGGUGGAUCAGGAAAUCUCCCCAUUGAGUGCUUUUCAUCCCAUUGGAUUCAGCCUGGGUGCUCAUGUGGUUGGGAUGGUGGCAAAUUACCUCAAAGCGGGAAAAUUGUCAAGGAUCACUGCACUGGAUCCUGCUAAGCCUAUGUUCGUAACAGCCCCUCCUGAGGAUCGUAUCGAUGCAGGGGAUGCUCAUUUUGUUGAUGUCAUCCACACGGAUAUCCUGGAAAGGGGUUUGCUUCUACCCACGGGGCAUGUUGACUACUACAUGAAUGGAGGCUUCACCCAACCUGGUUGUAUGAGUCAAACUGAUACAUCUCCAGGUUCCUGCAACCACGAUCGUGCUCCCAUCUACUUCGCUGAAUCCAUAAAUAGUCAAAGAGGUUUUUGGGGAUACAAAUGCUUCCACUGGUACGCCUACGUCAUGGGGUUGUGCAGGAAGGAUGAUCACUACACGGCUCUCAUGGGAAUGCACACGCCAAAUAGCACGCGAGGUUUGUACUUUGUUUGGACCAACAGGGAGGCACCCUAUGCAAAAGGGCGAGAAGAUUCCGAGACAAAUUAGAGGUGGAUCAAGGAUCUGCACAGUAAAUUUCUUAAUAAUUCUUCUGUACCAAAGUAAUGCAUUUAAAAUCAAAAUUCUGCAAAAGUCUUUAAGUAGGAAAAAAAAUCCAAAUUCAAAUAGAAAAAAUAUGUAUAAAGAAAA